UAAUGCCCGAGCGGUGACAUCACUCCCAGAUGAGGAGGCUGCGCUCUGAUUGGCCGGCGGCGCCAGCCAAUCAGAGAGCACACACAUGGGAAGAGUUUAAAAAAGAUUCAGAAAAGUGUCGGAAAGUAUCUAAAAGGUUCCCGAGCAGCUCCGAGCAGCACUGCGAGGACCAUCUGAGACAAGAAGGUCAUAAAGAGAAAGUCACGGAUUAGUGGUGGACUUCCUGAGUGAUUCCUUCCUCGGACAGAGAGCUGAAACCUGCUUCUCCAUUUUUAAAUCUCUCAGCAGCUCUUUACUGUAAAUAGACCCGCAGCAGCAUGACAACACACUUCAGGAGCGGACCAGCCUUCGGGCUCUCUGCCGAGGUCAAGAGCAAGCUGGCAGGGAAGUACGACCCCCAGAAGGAAGAGGAGCUGAGGCUGUGGAUCCAGGAUGUGACGGGGAAAAGGAUGGGGGAGGGCUUCAUGGAGGGUCUGAAGGACGGAGUGCUGCUCUGCGAACUCAUCAAUGUGCUCCAGCCAGGUUCUGUGAGAAAGAUCAACAACUCCACUCAAAACUGGCACCAGCUGGAAAACAUCGGGAAUUUUGUCCGUGCGAUCCAAGAAUACGGCCUGAGGCCUCACGACAUCUUCGAGGCCAACGAUCUGUUUGAGAACGUCAACCACACUCAGGUCCAGAGCACGCUGAUCGCUCUGGCUGGCAUGGCCAAGUCUAAAGGUUUCCACUCUAAGUACGACCUCGGGGUGAAGUAUGCUGAGAAGCAGCAGCGUAGAUUCGCUCCAGAGAAGCUGAGGGGACGCAACAUCAUCGGGCUGCAGAUGGGCACCAACAAGCUGGCCAGCCAGAAGGGAAUGACCUCUUACGGCACACGGCGCCAUCUCUACGACUCCAAGAUGGCGAUGGACAACCCACUGGACCAGUCCACCAUCAGCCUGCAGAUGGGCACCAACAAGGGAGCCAGCCAGGCCGGUAUGACGGCCCCGGGGACCAGGAGGCACAUCUUCGACAAGAAGCUGGAGCUGGAGACGUGCGACACCUCCACCAUCUCGCUGCAGAUGGGCACCAACAAGGUGGCGUCCCAGCAGGGCAUGACCACCUACGGCCUGCCGCGCCAGGUCUACGACAACAAGUACUGCUCCAACCCCACCGAGGCCUUCUACAACAACGGCAGCGAGGCCGAGUUCGACGGCUACAACCAGUACUCUGACUGAUCGAUGACAUCACCACAGUACUCUGACUGAAUGAUGACAUCAUCACCCCCCCCCCCCCCCCCCCCCCCCCCGCUUUAUCCAGACAACCAACCACAUCGUGUUUGUGACAACAAACCUUCAGACUGAUAUUUAACACUGACUGACGUCUUCGUCGUCUUCAUUCCCCGUUUCUUUUUUCUUACAAUGAGUAAAAGAAUAAAUAGUGUUUGCACUGACAUUAGGUCAAAGGUUUUUAAUGCGGUGGUCAACCUCUAUAUCUUGUUACUCUGAUGGAUUUAAUACAGCUAAAAAACAACAAACACAGAUUUAAUGACCUUUGCUAUUUAUAGAUUUGUUUUGCUCUAGCUUUUUAUACAUUGUAAUAAAGAUUUAACUGUUAACUGCCUCCCUCCCUUUAAACCCUGUUGGAGCUGACCAAGCUAAUGUAACGUUUCCUAGAAAGGAAACCAGUGAGCGUGUUGGUGCUAAUGAACUUUGACCCCGUUGGAACAUUGGAGCUCUCAGGACUUCGACUCCUGGGGGACCAUGCAGACUGAGCGGGGCCCACCAUGCAGGAGGACUCGUAGCUUUGUGAGGACAUUGCUUUGUUUUGUGAGCACCUGCGCUGUCAUGUUCACCAGCCGCCAGACUACCCAUCACGCCAUUGUUACGGGGCUUUAAAUGGCUUUGUGUGCAGCAUGACUCUUUGGUUUUUCAGGAGGUAUUUUAGACAUGUGGAGGGUCUCAGACAGCUUUUAUUAAGAUAAAUAUAGAUGAAGUGAGAGAAAACAGCCACCAGCAGCUCUUCAUCCUUUAUAAACAUCCUCUUCUUGUUUCUAGACACACUGGAGUUUUUACCUGCUUCACCUGGCUUCAAGUGGAGUUUAACUAGGUACAUUAGCUCAGAUACUAAAGUACACAUUUAAGAUACUUUACUUGGUAUUUCUACUGCUCUGCAAUUCAGAUGGUCAUAUAGUACUUUUGAGACUAUUACAGCUAUUUUUAAGUUAAAGUUACCUUCAAAAAUAUAUUAUUUUUUUAGAAGAAAUUAGGUUAUAAACUCCGUUGUGAUACAGCUAGGGCUGGGCAAUAUAGAUCAAAAUACCAAAUAUCUUUAUAUUUGUCAGUUAAAGUUGCCUUCAAAAAUAUAUUUUUAUGUACUAAAGAAAUUAGGUUAUAAACUAUGUUGUAGGUAAAGGUAGGG